AUGACAAAACUAGCUAUUGUAUUUUUGCUGGUUGCUAUCGCUUUUGCGGCCGAAACUACGACUGAAACUGCCGCCCCGGACGAGAACCCCUUCCACGAGUUCCUCGACGUCACCAAGGAGUACCAGGAGCACAAAGCGGAAGUGGAGAAGGAGUGCUUGGAGAAGAAUACGAAAGAAAACUGCAAUAAGGCCUUCGCCAUCGUCGACGAGAUGAUCAAGCUGGUCAACGAGACGACGGACAUCUACCAAAAACUCAUCAAGCUCACCAAGGAACUUCAGAAU